AUGGCUGCUGGAUUCAACAGGGCACGGAAGCCAUAUAGCCGGCCAAGUCCCCGAGGGAGAGCGCCGGAGGGCGCGUGGACUCAUGACAAGGCACCAGGAGUCCUAGCGACCCGCACUGUCAGUGACCGACCCUCUGCGGCAGGCGGGUUCACCAAGCUCCUGGUGUCAAACCUGCACUAUGAAAUCACACCGAAGGACUUGAUCGCGAUAUUUGGGCAGAUAGGCACGCUCGUGCGCGAGCCGAUAAUCAAGUACGAUCGUAGUGGUCGAUCAACAGGCGUUGCCAUAAUACACUUUGAGACCGCCGAAGAAGCUACAAGAGCUAAAAACCAAUUCGAUGGGGCGCUGGCGAAAGGUCAAGUCAUGUCCAUCACAUACGAUACCGUACCGCCUCCCGGCCCACGCAGGGAACGACGCGCAAGUGCGCCGUCUUCACUCAUCGAUCGGAUCCAAAAGCCGGCCCUCUUGGAUAGGCUCACUCAGGACGAUAGCCGUAUCCGAAUGACGACUGCACCAAAAUCAGGCCCCGGACCUAUCCGAUCGCGAGGAAGAGGGGCCGUCCGCGCUGGCCCGAGAAAGCCCAAGACAGCAGAAGAUCUGGAUAAAGAGUUGGACGCGUUCAUGACUGAUGGGCCGAAGGAGACUUCCGCUCCAUUGCAGACAGGCCCUGAAGAGGAUGUCGAGAUGGCAUAA